GACUCACACACUCGCAAUCGGUGCUCUCGUUGCUUGCACCCGGAUAGCAGAAACGACGAGGAGUGGGGCUUUCAACAGAGGAGCUGCCAGGUGCGCCUCACGCCUGCCUUUGUGUCUUCCAAGGACCAAGUUUCUCUCAAAUUCUCUGUGCACUGUGAAGCUUGUUGAGGGGGGGUGGAGGCAGAGGUCGAGGGCAAUGGCGCAUCAGGUGGUUCUUGCGGCCGUUCUUUUGCUGAUCGCUGCUGCAGUUCAGGCGAGCGCGCAGACUCCGACUGAGGUGACCAUCGGUUAUGUCACCUACGCAGGCAAUGGCUGCAAUUACGACAACACCAACUGGGUGCUGUCGAACGACUACAAGACUGUCACCUUCAUGUUCGGCGGGAUGGUUGCGACCACGGACGGGUCGCUCGCCGACAAGAGGAAGUCUUGCCAGAUGUCGUUCUCCAUGAGCUACCCGGAUGGCUGGAGCGUCUCCAUUGGUCAGGCCACGGGCCGCGGGUUCGCUGACAUCGCCGAGAACUCCGCCGGCAUCUACGAGACGCACUACUACUUCUCCGGACAAACGGGGACGGCGAUGGUGGAGCGCAAAAUCCGAGGCCCAAAGGUUGGCAGCUUCGAGUUCACGGACGACUUCCUGACGGUUGUCUGGAGCGAGUGCAACAACGCGCCCAACCUGAACAUCAAGACGGUGGUGAGAGUGGAGGGCCAGAAGGCUGUGAUGGCGCUCGACUCCCAGGAUACCAAGUUCCAGCUCAUCUUCAAUCUCCAAUGGAGGCAGUGUCCGCAAAAUUGAGACCCCCAUUCACCAUCUCGCACUGAGGGUGGCGGCCCUGGCGGGUGAGCGGGAGGAGACAAAGAGGGGAGGGGUGAGAGAGGAGGGUAGCCGAUUCGUCAGGGCUCACCUCGGUAGAAUGGGAGGGAAAGAGGCUACGGUCGAUUACGCCCGACUCUCUCUCUCUCUCUCUCUCUCUCUCUCUCUCUCUCUCUCUCUCUCUCUCUCUCUCUCUCUCUCUCUUGGUCUCUAUCAGUCCUGUGUCGAUAAUCUAGUUUUCUUCUCCUUUCUUCACGAGACGCCGGAUCAGUAGGAUCUUUGUCUUCCAUUCGCCGUCGUAUAUCUUUCUUUGUCCUUUUUUUCCGGCCUUUUUCCCCCUUUGAGAAAACAACAAUUACAAAAUCUUGCACAGGCAGAAGGGGCUGGAACACCUAACUUUCAACCAUUCUAAAAAGCAGGCGGGCGGUGCCCUGUUGUUCUGAAAGGGAUAGUUUCCUCAGGAAUCUUGUAAGAAGCAAAGGUAGGGAGUCCAAAUCUGUCCUUCGGGACGUCCGUUAAAAUUGGAACGAUACAGAGAAGGGUAAUUAGCAAAUGGCCCCUGCGCUUUCAAGGAUGACACGCAUAAAUCGAGAAAUGGUCCAAAUCUGUCCGUGGGAUUUACCACAGGCACGACAAAUCCAUCUGUUCCCUAGGGUGAACUGUCCGGGGGGCACCCUGACACCACGAUUUGACAGUUAAUCCGUCCUCUAUAAUGGCUCAUCCAGAUUUGUUUUGGGGGCCGGCGAUGAUGGCGAUCAUAUCACGCCUUCCAUCUGAUCAGUGCUAUCUUAUACAAGAUGAUGAAGAACUCUUAAUGUCAGGCUUACCGUCUGUUCCAUUGGUCAACGAGUAUGCUCAAUGACGUACUGAAUGAAUGUGUCACACAAGU